AUGUACAUCACUCUCUACUUCAUAGUCACCCGCCUCCCUGACUCUCUUCGCGCAGUCAGGGACCACUUUCUCGCCCUUGACCCCACAGACCUCACUGUCGACCUGCUCGAGAAGCACCUCCUUGCAGCUGAGACUAGCAUAGUCGCUGUAGGUGCUGCUCGUGGCACUCCUCGCACUCCCUUCUUUGAGGGGUGUUCCCCCUCCCCCCUUGCCCCCUCCUACGCUGCUGCUGUUGCUGUUGACUUCCUUGGUGCUGAGGAGGUCGGGGCUGCGUCUGCUUCUAGUGGGAGGCGCCGGAGCGGCAAGGGCAAAGGAGGCAAGAGUGUUGGAGGUGGCAGCAGGGGAGGCGGUGGAGGUGGCGGUGGUGGCGGUGGGAGUGGUGGCGGGACUUGGGGCGUCGGUGGCGGCGGUGGUGGUAGCGGUGGGAGUAGUGGCGGCGCUGGUGGUGGCAGAGGGAGUGGUGGAGGCGCUGGUGGCGGCUGUGGGAGUGGUGGCGGUGGUGGGAGUGGUGGCGGCGGCAGUGGUGGAGGUCGGGGUGGAGCCGUUCAGAGGGGAGGUUCUGGUAGUUGCCAGAGGCACCAGCAAUAG